UCUGUGCAGAUGAGACGCGCUGUAGUGUCGUCAUUUCCUCUGUGUACAGGAAGUGUGAGGUGGCUUACCGGAGCUGUGGAAAUGUCUGCAAUUUUUAAUUUCCAGAGUUUACUGACGGUAAUUCUGCUGCUGAUCUGUACCUGCGCUUAUAUCCGAGCUUUAGCUCCCAGCCUGCUGGACAAGAAUAAAACAGGAUUUCUAGGAAUUUUCUGGAAAUGUGCAAGAAUAGGUGAGCGGAAGAGUCCGUACGUGGCGUGCUGCUGUAUCAUCAUGGCGUUCACCAUUUUAUUCUCGGAAUAGCAGAAGUUGAAGAGCGUUGGCUGAGGAUGGAUGGAUCAGAAAUGGAGGGAUUUAGGAAGAAGACAUCUCUGCGGGAGGGGCUGUGUGAUGUGUCGGCGUUUGGGCUGGUUCUGUGCGGUGUUUUCUUUGCUGUGUUCUGCAGCGCGGGGGUUCUGUUAAAGGACAGGAACUGCUUUUGAAGUAAAAGUUGUGCAUUUUUCACUCUGACUGUUUUGUAAACAUGAAUUAUUGUUAUUGUUAUUUGUGUCCAAAAGCUCCCAUUAUCUCAGGCCCAGAACCACGUAAUGAAACGUGGUGGGAGAAGCCGUGGUUCAGUCCAGAGCUGCUCGUGAACGAGUUGCACAGAGAUCUCUGACCAGUCCAUAAAUCUCAUCCUGCAGCGACUGUGUUUUCAGCUGUGUGAGUUAACGUUCAAGCGGCUCUACUAAAUAAAGUCUGACUUUCUCUCG